AUACAGCGACUCGUUGUGGCGUUGCCAUAUCAUCAAGAAGGCGUCUAUCAAAACAAUAACAAGAGUGGAAAUUAAAUUUGGACUGUCGAAAACCUCGUAAUAAUGCCAAUGAUACCUUUCUUUCCCAGUCUAAAAGUGUCGGUGGCCAAUCGCUAUUGGCCUUUGCAGCGCGAAUCCCUCAAAACUGCAGGGACCGACUUGCAGCCCUUGGGCAAGAUGCUGACGACACCGGGAAUCGAGACGGAUGAUGAAGAUGCCAACGACGACAGCGAGGACACGGACAGUCACGACGAGGAGGAUGACGAGACCAACGAUCGCGUCAUUCCAGUCACUCAAGACUUUUAUACGCCAGAUGAUGUUGAUGAGUGAAGCGACUUCACCCCCGGCCCAUUGAAGUUAAUGCAAGGGCAGAUGCGUUAGUGGAUACACGAUUAACUAUUUAUUUUUCCGUCACACAACGUUCCCUUCAAAAACUGUAAUAACAUAUAUAGUUUACUGUAAGCUUAAAUAAAUUAAAACAUUGUAAGCAAAUCA